GAGCUGGCGUUGGCUGUUUUUAGCAAAACUCGCUGUUAUAAACGGAAACCAGUUAGUCGUUACGCUACGAGCAAUUGUUUAACACAGAAAAAUAAACCUCCGUUGAGGUAAAACAAAAAGAAAGAAAGAAAUAGAAGAUUUUUGACUUACGUGCAAGCUAUAUAGUAAAAAAAAAAACCAACAACUACAACAAAUGUUAUUAAAUUAAACGCUAAAUACUUACAAUUAUUGCAUAAAAAACAAGUUUCAUGUAAAACUAGCUGACAACAAAAAAAAUAUAGAUAAAAAAUAUUUAAGUGAAGACCUAUAUAAAACAACAACAAAAAAUAUAAAAAGUUUUUGAGAUAAAAAUUGUUAUAAUAAAAAGCAAAAUAUUUGAAAAAAAAUGUGGAAAUUUUAAAAUAUUUAAAGAAAAUUAACGAAAAGUUUCAAAAACCAAGCCAAAAGUACUUAAAAAUUUUGUAAAAAAAAGAAAAACUUUAAAAGUGUUACUUACAAAAAAAAACAACAAAAGUAAAGUAUGACUUCAACUAUUUUACAACCUCCAACAACAACAUCAACAACAACCACAGAAUCUAGCAACAUGGGUUGGUCUCAUGAUAAAUUGCGUUUUUCUUGCGUUGACAACAUUGGUUUGAAACAAUUAUGGAAACUAAUUGCAUUGGAUACAAAUAAUACAACAACAGCAGCAGCUGCAGCUGCAACAACAACAAGAACAACAGUAACAUCUCCCAAUACAACAACGACAAAUACUGUUACACAAACUGAUAACAAGAAGAAUAGCAAUAAUAAAAGUUGCACUAACAACAACAAUAAUAAUGAGAACAUUUCCUUUGAGAAUUGUGAAAAUAUUAAUGAUUACUUGGGUCAACGUGAUUUUGAUGCACCCAGCCGCAUGUCUUUAUUAAAAUUUCUGGCAAUUAAUGCUUUAGAAUUAAGUGCCCCAGCAACACCGGUACUACUACAACAACAACAACAACAGCAGCAGCAACAACAAACCAAUAACAAGCCCUCUGGCUGGUUACAGUUAUCGGGUCAUCCCGAAAGCAUAGUACCCUGUUCAAGUGGUGUGGUGCGUAAACGUGUUAAUAGUUUUGCCGAUUAUGAGGUUUUAGCUUAUCAACAACUCAGACAGGAGCCACAAACCAGUAAAAUAGUACCCGAAUUUUAUGGCAAUGUACAAUUGGAAUCGGGGGAAAUGUUCAUAGAAUUGCAGGAUUUGUUAAAAGGUUUCAAAGAUCCCUGUGUUAUGGAUAUUAAAAUGGGUUGUCGCACCUUUUUGGAAUCCGAAGUGGGUAAUAAAACUUUAAGACCAGACUUAUAUCAAAAAAUGAUUAAAGUAGAUGCUAUGGCACCCACCGCAGAAGAACACCAACAGAAAGCCAUUACCAAACUGCGUUAUAUGUUAUUCCGUGAAGCUAUGUCCUCCUCACAAUCCAAAGGUUUUCGCAUAGAGGCCUUGCGUUUGAAAGGCAAACCUCCCAUGAAAGAUUUGAAAACAGUACGCUCUAAUGAGCAAAUUACCCAAACUAUAGAGGAAUUUGUGAGCCAUAAGAAAUCAGUGCAAAAGGAUUUACUGAAACGUUUAAAAUACAUGCGUUCCGUAAUGGAGAAAUCGGAAUUCUUUCAAACCCAUGAAAUUGUGGGCUCUAGUAUUUUCAUAGUUUACGAUGACACUAAAGUUGGCUGCUGGCUAAUAGAUUUUGCCAAAUCUAGACCUCUGCCGGAACAAUUAACACUCAAUCAUCGUUCUGAAUGGGUGCCCGGUAAUCGUGAGGAGGGUUUGUUGAAAGGCAUGGAUGAACUUAUUAAUGCUUUUGAAAUGGUUUACCAAAAACAGCAUUCUUCUUUAGGCCGCAAAUUUUUACAAAUUUAAGAAUUUUUUUUUAAGAAAAUUUUUUAAAUUUACAAGAAAAAAAUCAUUUAAAGACUGAUCACAUUAUAAAUUUUUGUAAAUUUCUUUUAAACUCAUUUUCGUGCUUUAAUUUCUUUUAUCAUUUCAAAACUAAUUAGAAUUUAUUAACAUUUAUUAUGCAUUUCAAUAUUUAUAAAAACAAACAUUUCAUUAUUAUUAUUUUCCAUAUUGGAAAACUGUUAAUUUGUAGUUAAUUAAAGAAAAAGACUUUUGUUAACAAAUUUCUUUAAAAAAAAAGUAUUGUAUUUUAUAAUUAAAACAACUUAAAAUAAGCAAAACAAAACAUCAUUGAAAGAAAACAUCAAAAUAAACUCUCAACUAAUAAAAAAAAUUAAGAAAAUUUCUUUAAAAUUUAUAUUCGAACAUUUGUUUUUUAACUUAAUUUCACAUUUCUUUAAAUUUUGCUUAAAAAAUCUUUAAAACAAUCAUUUAAUACAUCAUUUACUUAAUUAUUUUGUUAAGUUUUAGUUUUUAAAUCUAUUAAAAUUGUAUGUAAACACAAAUGUAUACUGUAAUUAGUAAAUUAAUAUAAAAAAUAUACAAAUUUAAACAAAAAUUUAUG